AUGCCUCCUAAGAAGUGGGACGACGAAGACAGCGGCGAGGAGAGCUCCAGCUCCAACUCUCCCCCGGUUACCGCCCUCCGCCGUACAAAGUUCGAUGACGAAGAAGACGAGGACGAUGUCCUCGACUCCUGGGAUGCCGCCGAAGACUCCGAGGUCGAGCGCGAGAAAGCCAAGAAGGCCGAGGAGGCCAAGGCCAAGGCUGCCGAAGAGGCUAAGAAGAACAAGAAGUCCAAGACCCAGCGCAUCGCUGAGCUCAAGGAGGAGCGCGCUCGCCGCGCCGAGGACGACGAGUCUGGAGAGGAGGAGACCGAGGCCGAGCGCCGCGAGCGUCUCCGCCGUACUGAGAAGGAGUCCGACAUGAAGCACGCCGAAGACCUUUUCGGUGAUAUCGGAGUUCCCGCCGGCCGCAAGGCCACUCUCGCCGGCACCGCCGUCCAGAUCGACCCCAACGAUCCUAGCAAGACGGCCAACAUCGCCCAGAUGCCUCUCUUCAACCCCCAGACCAAGACCCAGUUCGAGCACCUCCGCACCACGCUGACGCCCAUCCUCGCCAACAACGCCAGGAAGGCUCACUACGGUCUCUUCAUGCAGGAGUUUACCAAGGGCUUGGCCAAGGAGCUCCCUAGUGAGCAGAUCAAGAAGAUCGCUUCUGCUCUCACUGCCCUCAGCAACGAGAAGAUGAAGGAGGAGAAGGCCGCUGCCGGUGGCAACAAGAAGAGCAAGGCUGCCAAGACCAAGGUUUCCGCUGUCGUUAGCCGUGCCAGUGCUGCUGACACCGAGACCUACGAGGACGAUGCCUUCGGAGAUGACGACUUCAUGUGA